GUGUCCCCGGCGGAAAGGGCCCAGCGGAGCUUCCCUGCCGGCCCCCGCGGCAGAGCCGCCAUGGAGGAGAGCAGCGGCGCCCGCCUCUCGGCCGAGUGCCUGGACGAGCCGCCCAACAGCCGCAUCUUCGUGGUGCUGGGCAAGGACACCGAGGAGUCGCUGAUCCGGGAGCGCUUCUCCCCCUUCGGGGACAUCCAGAACAUCUGGCUCCUGCGGGACAGGCGCACCAAUGAGUCCCGCGGCAUCGCCUUCAUCAAGUUCGCCCGCAGCUCGCAGGCCUGCCGGGCCAUGGAGGAGAUGCACGGCCGCAGCCUGCUCCCCGACACCAAGCCCAUCAAGGUAUUUAUUGCACAAUCAAGAGCUUCUGGAAGCCACCGAGAUGUUGAAGAUGAGGAGCUUACACGAAUCUUUGUUAUGAUACCAAAAUCCUAUACAGAGGAAGAUCUGCGAGAGAAGUUUAAGAUGUAUGGAGACAUUGAAUAUUGCAGCAUUAUUAAAAACAAGACUACUGGAGAAAGUAAAGGUUUGGGCUAUGUGAGAUAUCUAAAACCAUCGCAAGCUGCCCGAGCAAUUGAAGAGUGUGAUCGAAGCUUCAGGGCCAUUUUGGCUGAACCUAAAAAUAAGUCAUCUGAGUCUUUUGAACAUGACUAUUACAGUAACAACACAAGGCAAGAACCAAGAGGAAAUGCACUUCCAUUUUGUAUGCAGCCAGAAUUUUGUAGUUUUGAAAAAAAUGAGUGCAGAAUUCAAGAAUCAGUCUCCAAACGUCUGUCGGUGGUGUCACGGCUUCCCUUUAUUCAAGAGCAGCUGUUCGCCCUCUUUGAUUUAGUUCCAGGACUGGAAUAUUGUGAUGUUCAGCGAGAUCCUUAUACCAAUAGUGGCUACGCUGUGAUUCAGUACAGCACUGCCGCGUCAGCUAUAUAUGCCAAGUACAAAUUACAUGGCUUUGAGUACCCUCCUGGAAAUCGAUUAACAGUCAUUUUCCUAGAAGAUGGGAGUGAUAGUUCAGACCUCAUCAGAAAAAUGGCAACACAGCUGGUAACAGCACAGGUGUCGUCAGCGUUGCGCAAUAACAAUGCAAUUGUUCAGCAGUAUCGGACACCUCCUCCAGCGUUUGGAGGAACUUCAGGCCCACAGUUACUUCAGCCCCAAACAGAUGCCAUACUGCCGCCACCCAAAAAAAAAGCUCCACCUGACACUGCUGUGAAGGAAAGGCUUUUCAUACUAUUUCAUCCCCAUCCUUUACCUGUAAACAUAUUGGAAGAUGUGUUCUGUCGUUUCGGACAAUUGAUACAAGUUUACCUUGUGGCUGGAAAAAAUGUGGGCUACGCGAAAUUUGCAGACAGAGCGAGUGCCAGCGAGGCCAUAACUGUGUUACAUGGCAAGAUUGUGAAUGGUGUCAGGCUCAAGGUGAGGUUGGCAGACUCGCCCUCGGAGGAGCCCAACAAGCGCCAGAGAACUUACUAAGCAGAAACUAAAUAAUGACAUGACCCUCAGCUAGCUGACUGACUGACUGAAAACGUGACUAGACAUGGUUCCUGUGGACAGUGACAGCUUUUUCAGUGACAGCUUUUUUGUUGUUGGUUUUUUUAAUUGUUCCUUAGUUGAUCUUCUCUCUAUGGUGCUUUUUUAUUUUGAAUAUGCAGACAUGCAGUUUUGAAAAUUAUCUAGGUAUUUAACAUUGUAAACUGGUGGUUGUUCUUGUAGUAGUAUAUAAUCCUGUAUUACAGAAAUAACUCUUGUUUUUACCCGAAUUCCUCCUAUAAGAUGGAAAUUACAAUGAUGGGGGAAAUAAAGGAGUCAGCAUUUUCAGACGUGACUGGCUAGUUGAUAAUGAUUCAGAUUCUGUUAAGAUAGAAGACAUUUCUCAUAAUCCAAAUUGCACUGAAAAGUGAAGUACAGCAGUAAAUUCAAAGAAAAUGAAAUAAGUGUUUAAAAACUGCUAGCAGGCAUGACAGUAUUAAUCUAGAUUUAAGAAAAUAGCUGUAAUCUAGAAAAUUAUUCAAAGUACAUUCUUAAAUAUUUUGUUGACUUGGGCCAAAGGUAUUUGUUAUGCUUUGUAUGCUGUUUAGUGAAAGUGACAUUUGACUGUGGGUCAGACUAUCAAAACUGCUUACAUUUAUCCUUUCUUAUCCUGAGGUCUUUUGAUUAUAACUGGGGAAAGUAUGGUGUCUAGGAGUGUGGGUUUGCCGCUU